CUCUCCAACAGCUCCACAUCUUUCCAGUACUGGGGGCCCCAGACCUGGACGCGGUACUGAAGAUGGGGCCUCACAAGAGCAGAGCAGAGAGGGACAGUCACCUCCCUGUCCCUGCUGGCCACCCCUUCUUUGGAUGGAGACCACGAUACCAUUGGUCUUCUGAGCGGCAAGGCCAAGUGAUUUAAUAAAAACCUAUCGAUGGGCUCUAAAAAUGGCUUGGGUUUUACAGAGACUGGAGCCUCCCCCGCUGAGAAAUUCCCCUGAAGGAACUGCUGUUCUCUGGACCUCCUUGUCAAGGUAACGGGCCCUCGCCGGGCAUGCCUGGCAGACUCCAGGCUCUGUGACGCCAAAGUGUGACUUUGUCCAUGGUCCACUUCAGGGCCCCCCCUGCCGGGAGCAGUUUAGUGCCGUUCUCAAUGAGAUACAUACACAGGCAAGCAUCUCAGUAUUCGCGGGACGUGUCUGUGCUGUUUCACUGGCUGUGUUUGUAGCAGUACGUAAUACUGAAGGCAUUUACUUGCUGCUGCAACUGACGGCUGCAAUUCUUGGCUGCUGCAGCAAUGGAAGUAGAUCUAUACCUCCUUGCCGGGCGAUACAACGGCUGCUCUGAAAGUAACGCCUCCUACUGUACGAUGUGAGUGCACGACAUCGGAGGCGGAUGUCGGUGGGAUGGCAGUAGAGGUUGAGCCUUCCCGCCUAUAUUCCGUGACAUUCUGUUGUCAUACGAGAGAUGGCAGCGGAGGGGAAGUCUGAGAAAAUGGCGUCGUCUGACCUGGAAGUGCGUUAAAGCAAAUGUGUGUCACUGAAUUCAUGCAUGCAGAAAAAAGGCGCCUACUGACGUUCAUCAACGCUUGCUGAACAUUGAUGCAGACGAAGCAGCGGCUGUGAGCGCACUGAGGUGGUGGGUGGUGCGUUUCAGCAGUGACGGCAGCAACAGUGCGUCGUUGGUGGUGCGGUUUAUGACGAGCGUAGCAUGCAGACUGUUGAUCAUCGCUGCUGAAGAUGCACAGCUAAUGGUGGAGACUGUAUUGAUAAAAUGUGUUCUGUAGCUAAGAACGUGCUCUACUACCUAGUGUUAUUGUGCUCUUUAUGCCUGCUAUUGUUUCCAUGCCAAUAAAGGGGAGGCGUUAUUUUUGGAGCGGGCGUGGGCAUUUUCCACUGCCUUGGUGCCUAACUGGCAUUCCCAGUGAUGAGGAAGAGUCACAAGAGGUGCUCUCCAGGGGUCAGUAUUGAGGGCAGUCCUGUUUAAUAUCUUUAUUGACGGUCUGGACGAAGGGAUUGAGUGCACCCUCACUCAAAGUAAGCCUGCGGGAGAUGCCAAGUUGGGAAGAGGUGUUGAUUGGCUUGAGGGCAAGAAGGCCCUACAGAGGGAUCCAGAUAGGCUGGAUCGCUGGGCUGAGGCCAAUUGGAAGAGGUCCAACAAGACCAAGGAGCCGGGUCCCGCACUUUGGCCACAACAACUCCAUGCAGCACUACAGGCCUGGGGAAAGCUGAGCGCUGGAAAAGGACCUGGCGGUGGUAGUCGACAGCCAGCUGAACGUGGGGCAGCAGCGGGCCCAGGCAGCCAAGAGGACAAAUGGCAUUCAGGCUUAUGUCAGAAGCAGCACAGCCAGCAGGAGCACUGAGGUGAUCAUCCCCACAUAGCCGGGACCGGUGAGGCCGCACCUCAAAUACUGUCUUCAGUUUUGGGUUCCUCUCUAAGGGAAAGACAUCAAGGCCCUGGAGUGCGUCCAUGGAAGGGCACCAGAGCUGCUGGGGGUCUGGAGCACAGCCACGUGAGGAGCAGACGAGGGAUGUAGGACUGUUCAGUCCACACGAGGCUGAGGGGAGGCCUCGUCGCUCCCUACAGCUCCCUAAAAGGAGGUUGUAGCGAGGUGGGGGGUCAACCUCUUCUCCAGGGUCACAGCGAUGGGACGAGAGGGAAUGGCUUCACAUUGCCCCAGGGGAGGUCCCCGUUGGAUGUUAGGAAGAACAUCUCUUCUGAAAGAGUGGUCGGGCACUGGCACAGCCGCCCGGGGAGCUGCAGGAGUCAGCGUCCAUGGAAGUGUUCCAGAACCGUGGGGAUGUGGCACUGAGGGACGUGGGCAGCGCGCAGCUGCGGGGGUGGACGGUGGCACUUGGUGAUCUUAGAGGUCUUUGCCAACCAGAGAGAUUCCGUGAUUCUGUGAAUGGAACCAUUUAUUGCAACGAGAGGUAAUCAGCCGCAAACAACCACAAAGUAAAGCCUCGAGAACAUCACGGGAACAUGGAAACACUUGACUGGGAUACUGAUGGAGCCACAGGCCCGAGAGCAUUCAGGUGGGCCAGGAGGCUGGAUGUGUGGCCCAGUGCCUUCAGCAGCACCAGCACGCCGGGUUCCUGCGGGGCUGCGUCCGGCACCGGGCCCCUCACUCUGCGCUGGCUGCAGGAGCCACCGCCCUCCUGCUUGGGUGCCCUCACCCCUGUGACGUGUGAUGGCGUCAUAGAGGGUGGCACGGAACAGCCAUUAUGACGCAUGGGGUGUGAGCAGAGCCAAGGCUGUGGGGCUCAGGCGGAGCUCAGUGCGACUUGGUGAGGUGAGCAAGGAGGAAGGGGCUGCCUGAGGCUGCUGAGGGAGGAGGGUUCCCCAGCGCUCGGGGGCCUGAACUGUGAACUCAGCCUCGUCCCGCUUCUCCCAUAGGUUGGCACGCAGAGGAGAAAGCCCAGCACUGAUGGGACAGACACUCUGCAAGUGGUUGCCGUCAACGCGCACGGUGUGCGUGGAGACACAGGAGGCUGCUGUCUUGAGGGAGCCUGGUGAGAGCCAAGUAUCCCUGCACGCAGCUCCCUGCCGCUGGGCAGAGGGGUGCUGGGGGUCUGCCUGCGGUGGAGAGGGAGGCAGGGGCACGCAGGGACUCCUCAGGCGCCAUGGGCAGGGCCCCUCUGCUCCUUGGCCAGGGGGCCACGGUUGGGCUAUGGCUGCCUGCUGGCACCGCUGGGCCUGCACUGCCCCUUCCCCUCCACGGCCUCCGGCCCUGCCCCUCAGCUGGCACGGCAAGCACAGAGCAGCCCCUGGGGCACCUGGCCCGGCAAGGUGCGCUCACUGCUGUUACUCUCUCCUCUCCAGCAUGUGUGCUCUGUGACCAAGUGGAGGAGGACUUGAGCUUCCUCGGGAACAAAGAAAAGAACUGUGGAUUUUAUUACCAUCCGUUUUGUGCGGUGAGUUCCCUCGUAGCUCCUGGCACCUUCCUCCAAGGAAUGGUUCCCUCCUUUCUGCCCUAACGAGACCAUGCUCUUUCCUCUUGUACAGUUAUUUGCCAAUGGUCUCUGUGAAUUUGUGGAAGGUAACAGCGAGGCACGCUUUUGCACAGAAGACCUGAUACGCACAGUGAGGCAGGCAGAGCAGAAGGUGAGCACCGGACCAGAACAGGGAGCUUUGUGCCAGGAGAGGCACGGCGAGCUCAGCCUGGUCCCAAGAAAGCAAUCCCGGCCCUCCCAACCAGCCCCAGGAGAAAGUCGUGCUCUUGCAGACGAGCCCAGUUCACCAGGCAGCUCUGCAGAGUGCCACCCAGCCCUGCCCGCACCCUGUGCCCUGCCCAGAGGUGCGGGGCCCGCUGCGUGGGCCCUGAGCCUGCUGCUGAUGGGGGCUGCUCUGCUCUUUCCAGCUCUGCUUCGUUUGUGGCAAUUCAGGGGCCACCAUCACCUGUGCAGAGACGGGCUGCGACCGCAGCUUCCACUUCCCCUGCACCUCAAAGGGUGACUGCAUCAACCAGUACUUUGUAGAGUUCAGGUAAGAGCUGCCAGGCGUCACCUGUGGGCCUCCAACCUCUGCUGUCAGGACCAGUCAAAGCAGUGAGGAACGCACUGUGACACCUCCCAGCAGCCUGACAGAGCCAGAGCCAAGGCCUGGGGCUCCUUCCUGUUCCUCUGCCCUCCUCGCAGCACUUCUCACCUUGCCCAUCCCUCCCAUCUUCCUCCAGGUCCUUCUGCUGGGAGCACCGCCCGCAGCAGGCAGUGGAGGCAGCGCCGGCGCAGGACACGACCUGCAUCAUCUGCAUGGAGCCCGUGGGGGACAGCAGGUCGUACUGCAUCAUGGUGUGCCGAGCCUGCCAACAAGCCUGGUUCCACCAGGCCUGCAUCCAGGAACAGGCCAUGCAUGCCGGCAUUUAUUGCUUCCAGUGCCCCGUCUGCCGAGACUGGACCAGGUUUAUUCCAGACAUGCUCAUUUUGGGGAUCCGAAUCCCAUUCAGACCAAUACGGGACGACAGCAAUGCCUACGCAGCACUACCGGAGAAGGAGAGGAGCUGUGAUACCAUUGACUGCCCUUACCCACGCGGCAGGGAGCAGGCAGAGAGAGAGGGGCCCUGGGAGCUGCUCCUCUGCUGCUCCUGUGCUGCGCAAAGCACCCAUCGGCGCUGUUCCUAUGUGAGUCAGAGCAGAAAGACCUGGGAUUGCAACGCCUGUGCUGGAGAGGGCACCGCCUCCAGCACCCUGUCAUAUCUUGCUAGCCUCAGCACCAUCAGCCAGCAGGGACCAGGGCCAUCCCAAUGCUCUGCGACACCAGAGAGCAGCAGCUCCAACACCUUCAGCCAGGCACCAUCUGGGCCAGCUAACUGUUCCUCCGUGCCUGAGAGCAGCAUCCCGUCCAGCCAGAGCAGGACAGGGGACUUCGCGGACCCCGAGGCACUCCCCUGCAGCUGGCUCCAGCCGCGGGCGCAGGCAAGGACGGCGCGCCCAGACAAGAAGCAACUCUCCGUUGCAGCGCCGGGCCACGGGUUCCCCACGCCGGUGCCAAAGACGCCGUGGGACCAGCCGUAA